AUGACUCCCAUCAAGAAAAAUGGCGAGAUUAUGACUGGAACUUCGCCUAGCUCUUCUGUUGAGCUUUCUCUCUUUAAUAAAAAGGGACCCUCUUCUUCAUUUGUCGAAAAGAAGGGACCUGAAGAUAAUGACAGUGGUUACUAUCAAGAAGCUGUUGUGAAUGGGCCUUCAUCAGAUACUCAUUCCGGCGACUUUGACGCCAAUGGUGGUAACGAUAGUGCAGGUCAUGGUGGACUUAAUCGAGACUUGCAAGCAAGACACAUCACCAUGAUUGCAAUUGGUGGUGCACUGGGCACGGGUCUUGUAAUUGGAUCUGGAGCCUCGUUAGCUGCUGCAGGUCCUGGAGCACUGCUAUUGUCGUUUAUGAUUGUGGGAGUAAUUGUGUGGCUAGUUAUGUGUGCGUUGGGAGAAAUGGCAACAUGGCUACCUCUUUCUGAGGGAUUCCCUGGGUAUGCAUCGCGGUUUGCAGAUCCUGCAUUAGGGUUUGCAGUUGGUUGGAUUUACUACAUCAAGUAUAUUAUUGUGGCACCUAACCAGCUGACUGCAGCAGCGUUGGUAAUUCAGUAUUGGGUAUCUAGAGAGGUUGUGAAUCCAGGGAUUUGGGUGGCUAUAUUUUUGGUAACACUUGUGACUUUGAAUUUAUUUGGAGUAAAGAUUUUUGGUGAGAUGGAGUUUUGGCUUUCAUGCAUCAAGGUUGUUACCAUGUUGGGUUUAAUUUUCUUGACUAUGGUGAUUGCACUUGGAGGGGGGCCAGAUCAUGACCGCCGAGGGUUUAGGUAUUGGAAAGAUCCAGGGGCAUUUAGACCGUUUGAAAAAAAUGGGCAAGUGAUGCAUGGGAGUGCUGGGAAGGUUGUGUCAAGUUUGAGUGUGAUGGUGACUGCAGUAUUUGCCUUUAUGGGGACUGAGUUGGUUGGUGUAACUGUUGGAGAGGCUGAGAAUCCUCGGCGCAAUAUUCCAAGAGCCAUUAAGUUGACAUUUUAUCGGAUUUGUUUAUUUUACAUUGUUUCUGUUUUGUUUUUGGGUAUGUGUGUACCUUACAAUGAUGCUGGGCUUGCAUUUACAAAAUCUGGGAAAACAGGGGCAGCAGCUUCUCCAUUUGUUGUUGCCAUUACUAAUGCUGGGAUUGGUAAGUUGGACCAGGUGAUUAAUGCAGCGUUAUUACUUUUUAUCUUGUCUGGAUCCAAUUCAGAUAUGUACAUUGCGACACGAACAUUGUAUGGGCUAGCAUCGAAUGGAAUUGCUCCCAAGGUAUUUUUGCGUGUGAAUCGGUUUGGUAUUCCAUAUGUUUCGCUUGGGUUUACUGCUACUUUUGGGUUGCUAAGUUUGUUGUGUAUUUCGUCGAGUGCGCAACGGGUUUUUACUAUUUUUGUCAAUAUUGUUUCAGUGAUGGGAUUAUUGACUUGGAUUUGUAUUUUAUGGACUCAUAUUUGUUUUGUCAAGGGAAUGGAAGCUCAAAAGAUUGAUACUUCCAAGAUGGUUUAUCGUGCACCGCUGGGUAAGAUUGGUAGUUGGGUAGCAUUGGUAUUUUGUUGUAUGAUUGCACUACUUAAGAACUUUACUGCAUUUAUCUUUGAUUUUGACAGCGUGUCAUUUGUCACGGGGUAUGUGGGGAUUCCAAUUUUCAUUAUUACAUUUUGGGUGUAUAAAUUGGUGAAGAAGACACACCGGGUAGGUGCGUUGGAGAUUGAUUAUGAGUGCAUGGAGAAGCGCAAGGUGGAUGAAGAAGAGAAGUUAUUUUUGGAGGCUGAGAAGCGUCGGUUGGAAGAGUUUCCGCCUAGUGUUUGGGAAAAGAUUUAUAAUAAUUCUCUGGGGUAUUUGUUUUAA